AUGUAUUCAAACUCCCUUCUUUUAUUGUUAGCUGGUGUAUCAGGAGCAUUCGGUGCCUCGUUGCAACCAAGAGCCACAGCAUGCGUGAACAGCGCUUCUGAUAGAUCGUGCUGGAGCGAUGGUUAUGACCUCUCUACCAACUACUACGACGAUGCGCCCGAUACCGGCGUCAUUAGGGAGUACUGGUUUAAUAUCGAAAACACCACGGUCGCUCCAGAUGGAGUUGAAAUACCAGCCCAACUCGUAAAUGGGUCUUAUCCAGGUCCCACAAUCAUAGCUGAUUGGGGUGACACCAUUGUUGUUCAUGUGUCCAACUCAUUGCAAAACAACGGUACCGGCAUUCACUUCCACGGAAUUCGCCAAAACGGCACAAACCAAAUGGACGGAACGUCCGGUAUUACUCAGUGCCCUAUUGCCCCCGGUGAUUCUUUGACCUACACGUGGCGUGCGGUCCAGUAUGGCACCAGCUGGUACCACUCUCACUUUUACGUGCAAACUUGGGACGGACUCUUUGGUGGAAUACUGAUCAAUGGUCCGGCAAGUGCCGAUUAUGAUGUUGACCUUGGACAUAUCUUUCUAAAUGACUGGUACCAUGCCGCCACAACAGGGCCUGCAACUCCUCAAAAUGGCCUUAUCAAUGGUACCAAUACAUACAACGACACCUCAGGGUCCAGAUUCGAGACCACUUUUGAGGCUGGGACUCGAUACCGUAUCCGCUUGGUGAAUGCUGCCGCAGAUAAUCAUUUCCGUUUCAUGAUCGAUAACCACACACUGGAAGUCAUCGCGAACGAUUUGGUCCCCAUUGUCCCUUAUAAUACCACCGAUUUAAGUAUCGGCAUGGGCGAGCGGUAUGAUAUUAUUGUCACAGCGAAGGACCUGACUAGUGGUGACUUCUGGCUGCGGUCCAUCACGCAAACCUCCUGCUCCAGCAAUGAUGCCGCCGACAAUAUCAAGGGUAUCAUCCGGUACGACAACUCGUCUACCGCCGACCCUACGACAUCUGCUUAUUCCUAUACUGAUUCAUGUCUCGAUGAGGAUGCUUCAAACCUCGUCCCAUACCUGGCGAUAGACGCAUCCGCUAGUGACGAGAUCAGUACAAAUGCCCUCGGCAUGCAAACAAUCGACGACACCACCCUAUGGGCUUUCAACUCGACGGUCUUCCGAACCAAGUGGGAGAAUCCGACACUGCUACAGGUGGCCGACGGCAAUGAUACGUGGACCAGGGCGCAAGAGGUUAUCCGGCUUCCAGAUGCAGAUAAGUGGGUGUAUCUGGUCGUGAAUUCUCCCUUUGUCACAGACCACCCGAUGCACUUACACGGCCAUGACUUCUGGGUGCUUGGAACUGGGUUUGGCGAGUUCGAUGAGACUCAGACUGGGAGCUUGACUCUGGUGAAUGCGCCCCGCAGAGACUCGGCCAUGUUGCCAUCGGCUGGCUACAUGGUGAUUGCCCUCAAGACAGAUAACCCAGGUGCUUGGCUUAUGCACUGCCAUAUUGCCUGGCACUCCUCUGCGGGCUUCGAUGUGCAGUUGCUUGAGCGUGAAUCAGAAAUCACCUACGAUUACGAUACACUCACCUCCACUUGUGCUAACUGGAACAGCUAUGCCGCCAAGGAUAAUAUUGUUCAGCCUGACAUAGACUCUGGUGUAUAG